AUGAACAUUAUCUACAUAUUUCUCGCAAUACUAGGAUGUUCCGAAGCGAAGCGGGCUUCAUGUCAUGCGUGCCUUAACUCAAUGUGUUACAGACGGGAUAAAAUUGUUGAGGGAAUAAAGUUUUCCGGUCAGCUAGCCAUCGAUCGAUCCUCGAAUGUCCUGUACUUUCAUUACCAGAACCGCUCUGAAGAUUUCACGGCCUCGUUUGAUCUAAUAGACGUAAGAUUACGUAUUAUUCAAAACGGGUUUGCCUUCGGCCUCGCUGUAGACCAAUCGACUAAAGAUCUGUACAUGACCGGAGUCCAAGGUUUACACAAAUAUAAUCCAUAUAAACAAACAUCAGAACCCUUUGGCCUUAAUGAUAAAACAAUAUGGCAUCUACACUAUGAGGACAAACUAUAUUACUCGGAGUUCCGUAAAAAAGGAAUCUACACGUACGAGAACAAAAAACCACAGAUAAUACCGGGCACAGACUAUAAAAUAGACGAUUUUAUCGUCGAUAAACUCGGUGAUAUAUAUUUUAUGCACAACUUCUCUACGUACCUGUUAAAAAAUGGCGCGAAAACCGCAGAGUUGUUUGAAGAUGAGAUUUAUUAUCUGACCACAGAUAGGAAUGGGGAUGCAUACUUUAUACAGCCCUAUACGAGAGCAGUUUAUAAAAUGAAUUACAAAUAUAAUAGAAGGACAUUGAAGCAGCUGGGGGCGUUUAACAGAGGUUCAGCGUUUAUUGUUGUUUUUGACGGUGAUAAUGACAUUAUCUAUUAUGACGGGUCGGAUAAAAAAUUAUAUUAUCUGUCUCCGACUGCCAAUAGAUGUACAGUCACAGCUAAAGGAAAACGUUUAAAAAUGAUUAUUACAAUGACUAACGAAUAA